AUGUCUGACAAGCUUGGGCUUUUCGACCGCACUGACGUUGUAUACAAGACACUUAACGGCAUCUCUUUCAAAGUAGCCGUUCUUGUGCCUAAAAUGAGUAUAGCAUCUCGGAAUCAUGCGCGUCCUUUACUCGUCCACUUGCAUGGCGGUGGACUCAUUAUGGGAACUAUCUUAGAUCCUGUCAUGUUACCACAUUGGCUUAUGCAAUUCGGGGCAUCUCAGGAUGCUGUUGUAGUGUCCCCCGAGUACCGCCUUCUACCAGAAGCAAGCGGCUCAGACCUCUUUGAUGACGUAGGACAAUUCUGGACAUGGAUACAUACCUCUUUCCCGGCUGUUCUGUCCGGUAUAUGGCCUGGCCUCUUUGUAGAUUUCGACCGAAUCGCUGUAGCUGGCGAGAGCGCUGGCGGAUACCUCGCUUUGCAGUCCGCUGCACUUUUCCCCGCGGCAGGUAUCAAGCUUGUUAUGGCGCAGUAUUGUGCCCUAGAUAUCGAUAAUCCUGCAUACAACCCAGUGCCAUCAACACUCCCUGCAAACAACGAUUUGCAGAUGUAUUUGAACAGCAUGAAGUCAGACUCUAUUAGAUUAUCGUCGCCGUUUCCCGAAAAGCUGGGCCUGCUGCAAGCGAUUAUCGGCGCCGGACGCCACCGUGAGUUCAUUGGACUAGAUGAUCGCAUAAAUAUUCGCAAAAGUAUUCGUCUUGCCGAAGAGCUUCCAGCGAUAUGGAUAGCCCAAGGCAUGGAUGAUACUCUGGUGGGAAAUCCCCCUCUUUUCUUUUACAGAUGUCGCAUUCUGGAAGGCGGAACGAGAAACAUGUAUGACGCUAACAUAUCGGAUCAGGUGCCGAAGCCCGUUACGGACGAUCUCGUAUCCUACAUAAGAGAGACGCAUCCCGAAACGCCUCUAGUCUAUAGUGUCCAGCCUGGUGGUCAUGGUUUUGAUGUGGAAUGUACGCUGGAGGAAUCGUGGGUUGUGGAAGGAAUCGGAUUUGCCAAGAGUUAUUGGUAA